AUGGGUAGCAUGACUACUAAUCACCAGCCAUGGCUCUUAUUUGCUCUGCUUCUAAUCAUGUCUUAUUACAGAGCAUGCUUCUCCGUAGCUGGUGAUACCCUUUCACCAGGUCACUCUCUUUUAGAGAGCGACACCAUAUUAUCUCAAGGUAGAAAAUUUGAGCUGGGUUUCUUCAAACCAGGCACUUCAUCAAAAAUCUACCUGGGCAUAUGGUAUAAAGGGUUUCCUGAUGAAAUUGUUUGGGUAGCAAAUAGAGAAAACCCUUUGUCUCACCCAUCUUCCUCAAGACUUUACCUCUCAGAAAAUGGCAAUCUACUCCUUUUUGAAGGUUCCUCCGAGAUCCCAGUUUGGUCAACAAAUUUGACAUUUCCCCUGUCAAAUAUAAAUGAAGCAGUACUUGGUGAUGAUGGGAAUUUUGUUUUAAGAGACAGCUCAAACGCGUCUUGUAUAUUUUGGGAGAGUUUCGACCAUCCAACUGAUACAUUGCUGCCAGGUUUGAAGCUUUGGAGUAGAAAAUCACAGCAGUUCAUUUCAUGGAAAAAUUCAGAAGAUCCAGCACCUGGUCUGUUCUCGGCGGGGACCGUGGGGUUAAACGCAAAUGGAAGCAUACAGUUUUUCUUAGAGUGGAACAGAUCCCAAAUUUAUUGGAGUUCGGAAGUUUGGAAUGGAAGUGAUACUUUGAUAUGGAGCAGUAUCUUCAAGUGGAGUUUUGUGUCAAGUAAAAAUGAAAGUGAGAGAUAUUUUACUUGCUCUCUUUAUAAUCCAUCUAACCUUGCUAAUUAUCGGAUUGACCAAACAGGACAGAUCCGGGGAUUGGUGUGGGAGACUGGCCUUUCCAUUUGGAGUGAAUUUUGGUAUGCACCGACGAAACCAUCUGAUGUCUACGCUUUGUGUGGUGCAUUUGGCGUGGUACAAUACCCUGACAAUUUCUCAAACCCUUGUGAGUGUCUAAGAGGUUUCAAACCAUUUUUGAUGGAAGACACCAGACUAAAUGAUUGGUCAGGCGGCUGUGUGAGGAAAUCUCCUUUGCAAUGUGAGAAUAAUACGCAUGGUAGCGUCAAAAAAGAUUGGUUCAUGAAAAUAUCAAACAUGCGAUUGCCUGUUUAUUCGAAAGCAAAUUUGGCCUUGAAUGCUAGCAGAUGUGAAUUGGCUUGUAUGGAAAAUUGUUCUUGCACAGCUUAUGCUUAUAAUAGGAGUGGGUGUAUGAUAUGGGAAGGAGGUCUUUUGAACUUACAGCACCUUCCAUAUGGUGGCGAGAUUGGACAAGAUAUCUACCUAAGACUUGCUGCUGAUGAGUAUCCAGAUUCAAGUACAAAAGGCAAAAAAUGGAAAGUAUGGGUAGUUGUGCUGCUCCCUACAAUAGGGCUUAUCUUAUGCCUCCCAAUUUACUUUUCAUGCAAAGGAAGGAUCAAACGCAAAGAUCAAACAGGAGAGAGCCCUUCAAGUAAUAAUCUACUAUUAUUUGAUUUUGAUGCUGAACUCCACGAAAUGAAUGAUGAAAUGAAUACCAACAAUAAUAUGAAGAAGAGAGAAAAGGAUGCCGAGUUACCACUAUUCAGUUAUGAAAGUGUAUUAGCUGCAACGAAUAAUUUAUCAGCUGUAAAUAAACUUGGAGAAGGAGGUUUUGGACCUGUUUACAAGGCAAAAUUACUCAAAGGGCAAGAAAUUGCAGUGAAGAUGCUUUCAAAAAGAUCUGGACAGGGCAUUGAGGAGUUCAGAAAUGAGACAAUACUAAUUGCAAAACUCCAACAUAGAAAUCUUGUCAGACUGUUAGGUUGCUGUAUCGAGCGAGAUGAAAAGAUAUUAAUAUAUGAGUACAUGCCCAAUAAAAGUUUGGACUUCUACCUUUUUGAUCCAACCAAGAAAAAGAUGCUAGGUUGGGAGACACGCAUACGCAUUAUUGAAGGGAUUGCUCAAGGGCUUCUUUAUCUCCAUCAAUAUUCAAGGUUACGAAUCAUACAUAGAGAUUUAAAACCUAGUAACAUUCUCUUGGAUAGUGAAAUGAAUCCAAAAAUAUCAGAUUUUGGCAUGGCUCGAAUAGUUGGAGGCAAUGAAACACAAGCAAACACAAACCGAAUUGUUGGAACUUAUGGCUAUAUGUCUCCUGAAUAUGCUAUGGAUGGUUUGUACUCAAUAAAGUCUGAUGUGUUUAGCUUUGGAGUAUUGGUGUUAGAGAUUGUGAGCGGCCGGAAGAACACUAGCUUCUAUAACAACGAGUCACUCAAUCUUCUUAGAUAUGCUUGGGAGUUGUUGAGAGAUGAUCGAAGUUUGGACUUGAUGGAGCCAGCAAUAAGAUAUCCUUCUUCCACUUCUAUUAUAUUGAGAUUCAUUAAAAUUGGCCUUCUCUGUGUCCAAGAAAGCCCGAUUGAUCGGCCUACCAUGUCUGAUGUAAUCUCAAUGAUUAGCAAUGAACAUGCACCUCUACCUACACCUAAGCAAGCAGCGUUUUCCUCAGGCCGAAAUAUGAUGGACACAAAUUCAACAGUUGACAGUGCAGGAAGUUGCUCAAAAAAUAGUGUAACUAUUUCAGCAAUGAAAGCCCGAUGA